GAAGUUAAUCCGCCGGUGUCGAGCGCGAAUUUGUGAAGAUGAAUCCUUUAACUAAAGUGAAGCUGAUCAACGAGCUGAACGAGCGAGAGGUCCAGCUUGGGGUGGCGGAUAAGGUGUCCUGGCACUCCGAGUACAAAGACAGCGCCUGGAUCUUUCUGGGAGGGCUUCCUUAUGAACUGACUGAAGGAGACAUCAUCUGUGUGUUCUCACAAUAUGGGGAGAUUGUUAACAUUAAUCUUGUGCGAGACAAGAAGACUGGGAAAUCCAAAGGGUUUUGUUUCCUCUGCUAUGAAGACCAAAGGAGCACAGUUCUGGCUGUUGACAAUUUUAAUGGGAUCAAGAUAAAAGGAAGAACUAUUCGUGUGGAUCAUGUGUCUAACUAUCGGGCUCCUAAGGACUCAGAAGAAGCAGAUGAUGUGACCAAAGAACUCCAGGAGAAGGGCUGUGGGGCUAACACCCCCUCAUCGAGUUCAUCUGAGAGUUUAGAAGAUGACAAACCCACAAAGCACAAAAAAGAGAAAAAGGAGAAAAAGAAAAGAAAGAAAGACAAAGAGAAGACUGACAGGGAGGUAAAAGCAGAGCAGCCAUCUUCUUCAUCUCUCGGAAGCAAGACAAUAAAAGAAAAGGAUGACCCUGCCCCUAAGAAACACAGCAGUAAGAACUCAGAGAAGGUUCAGAAGUCUGAAUCCAGAGAGGGACAGAAGCACUACCCACGCUCCCCUGAUGUCAAGACUUCCUGCCAUGUUAGAGCAGAGGGCCCAGAGAGGGAGCUCAAGAAGGAGAAACCCAAGUAUGAGCACAAGCCCUCAAGCAAGAAGGAGGCAAGAAAAGACAAGAAUAGGAAUAGGGAUAGAGGGCGAAGCUCAGACACACAUUCUAGCCGUCACAGUGGGCAUUCUGAAGGGUGGAGUCACAGAAGUAGAAGUAGGAGCCAUGGGCGUUCUGAAAGGUGGCAUCACAGAAGUAGAAGUAGGAGCCAAGGGCAUUCUGAAAGGUGGCAUCACAGGAGUAGAAGUAGGAGCCAUGUGUAUCCUGAAAGGUGGAGUCACAGGAGUAGAAGUAGGAGCCGAGUGUAUCCUGAAAGGUGGAGUCACAGGAGUAGAAGUAGGAGCCAUGGGCAUUCUGGAAGGCGGAGUCACAGAAGUAGAAGUAGUAGUCAAGAUAAAUCCCGUAGACAUAAAAAGGCCCAGCACUCCCGGGAGCGGGAGACUUCCAAUCCCAGUGAGCAUAGGCGAUACUGAAGCCUGUUCCAACUGCCCGGUUAAUUGAAAAAUGAAUUGUUUUUAAAAAACGUAAUCAGAUUCAGUUCUGCUGUUAAUAUUUCCAUAUAUAAAAUCUCUGUGACUGAGUUCUUUUAAUCCCUUCAUAGUAGAUUCGUUAAGAAAGUUGUAAUUUCAACAGCCAGUUAUCCCAAAUUUUUUGGUACUGUCCAUUGUCCCUGGGAAUAUACUUGGUACUUCAUCAGAGUAUGUGCCCUGAAUUUUAGUUCAUAAAUAUUAACCUAUAGACCCCAAUUUGAGGUGAAAUUGCCAGAAAGGGAGAAUACCAGAUAAUUCUAUAAAUGUAUUGUUUGCGGUAGGUGGUAUUUAGAGCCCGGGAAUAUAGGACCACCUCAGUGGCACAUGGAAUUAUAUAAAACU